AUGCAGCUCCCAAUUUUUAUCUACCCCGGAGGGAUGAAAGGCUUGGUCGACCUCGGGGGGACUCGAACCUACGACCUUGCGGACGUUAGAAAUGAUUCGUGCCAGCUGAGCUAUGCCGCCCCUUCGAAGAGCUAUGGACUUUUAAAUAAACACGUUGUCAAUUUGAAUUUCCAUAAACAAACUCUACACGCCACUCUGAGUCAGGUUAUUUCUUUGUCCUAACUUUGUCCUAAAGUCUGUGAGGUGAACAUCGCAGGUCUGGUCCGAACUUUUGUAAUAGGUAGUCCUAGAUAUGAGUACCCAAAAACAGAAAGAUAGUCUGCUAAGUGCCCAAGCGAAAAAACAAUACGGUCGAAAAUGUACAAUCAAAGCUUGAAAACGGAUUUUCUACGGACUUGAGCUCUCCGAAACAACUGAUAUAGCUUUCUAUACCAUAAGAAACAGGGUGAAAAUGGUUUUCUUAGAAAAUCGGAACAUAAUCGGUUCACCCAUACGUCGGCUGGAUCCCGCCCCGACCUUUUGCGCGGGAAGUAAAAAUUCAAAAAUUUGCAAAAUUUUGAAGUGCCUCGGACUGAUGUCGUCCGCGUAGGGGGGAGUAGGCCGCAGUUCGUCUGGGGUGGGAUCCAGCCAACAUAUGAGUUCACCUCAAAAACUUCCUUUCUAAAAUCUCAAUUCAAUACCUGAGAAGUUCAGUCCAUAACACCGACGUUCUUGACUUUCCCACCAGUUUUAUUUUUUUUGCGUCUGUACCUUUUUCGACGUCGAUGGGGUGAACGGAAAUCUGCCGAUAGUUUUCCUGAGUUUCCAACCGGUCAUUGACCCGAUAUUCACGUUGUUGUUGAUCAAAGUCUACUGCGGCAAACUCUUCAAAAUGAUGAAAGUUUAUAAUUUUAACAAAGUUUCCUUCAUUAUCUCACAAUAAAACAAAUUCCCGUGUUCGCAAGUUCAGAUAAACCUAGACAGCCAUGCCUUUUUCCGACUAUUUUUGCAUUUCACAGUUAAAACUCUUUUGAAGUUUUCACAUAAGUUUUAUUAUUCAGAUAAGUUUGGAGCUUAAAAACUUGAGAGUUAAUGAAAAAACAAACACCUUUUGCUCUUGCCGUGGGAGUGUUCAAAGGUUAUUCAUAACAAUUACCUUAAAUGAAAUAACAACCCCAUUUUCACGUGACAUCGAAUUCUCGAUGAAAAUUUGAGACAGAUGCUAUGAAUUUAAUUGAAAAAAGUACAUUCAGCAGUCUUUUACUCGCAAAAAUUUAUUCUUCAUUUUAUUAUUCAGAUAAACUUGGAGCUCAAGCGUCUGAUUUUGAAGCUUGGAUUUUCCCGCACUUUAAAUUUUACGAUGAGUUACUCUCCGGAGUUUAUUGUUUAUAUGUACGAAAAGAUUUUGGUUCUAAACGCCCUUUUGGGAGUUUUUCUGAAUUUUUUGCUUCUGUGGGUUGCUUGGGUGACCCCACUACCUAGUAACAGUAAAUACAGAAGACUGGUGCUCAUUUUCGCAGCAUUCAAUGUUUUCUACUCGCUUCUUCAUGUCAUUCUCAAGCCGGUAAGCUACUCUCACUUUUUAGGUGUUAGAUAAUCGGCAGCAGAACGGUUUCCCAAGUUGCAGAUUUUGUAUGUGAAGGGCAAACGGGCGUUGUUCCUGGUAACACCUGCUUUUCUGACUCAUCCCGAGGCUUUCGGCUUAGUUGGAGUUUUCAUUUACGACGGUUUUGUUGUUCAAUCCCAUUUUCUACUUUUCGCCAAUUUCCUCUACCGAUAUUUUAUACUGUCAAGGUAAACUUCACUUGACCUUCCUCUAUCUGGGAAACGUUUACUUUCAAAGUCCGUAAAAUACGCGAAUUAGGCCAAAAAAGGCUAUUUCAAGUUUUUGAAGCUCCAUAACUCGAAAACGAGAUCUAUUGCGAGACAUUUUUUUCUUGAAAAAGGUUUCUUAGUAAGUGGAAUAAUAUUUUUAUACACAGGAAGGCGGCUGAAACCAAAAACGCAUUCAGUCGAUGGGACUAUAUAACUUUGACUAUCACAAGUGCUCUAGUCGUUUCGAUUUAUUUGAUCUUGAGCAAUCAACUGAAAGUGGAGGGAACUGCUAUUGACAAGGAUAUUUUUGAAGAGAUUCGAGAAGCUUAUAAAAUUGAUAUCCGUCGAUACAGCAUUGUGUACGCUGAAAUAUCUACAGUGAGCGAAAAAAAAACUUGUAACAAUUCAAUUUUUCAUGUUUAAGAAAAAAAAGGACUUUUUGAUACUAGCUGGGAUGUUGAGCGAUCUCGGCGCAAUCAAUAUCUUGAUAAUUGUCGUUGCUUUCAAAAGUUUUCGAUUACUUAACCAACACGUCUCCAAUCUCAACUUCCACAGACAAACUUUACAUUCCACGAUGUGUCAAGUAAUAUUUUCCUAUUUUUCAAAUUCUAAAAUUUUCUAGUCCAUCGCACCGAUGUUUUUGGCACUCUUGCCGACCUUUUUCCUGUACGUUUGCACUUUUUUUGGGAUCGAUAGUGGCGUCAACGCCAACUUGACGCUGGUGUUCUUCAGUUUUCAACCAGUUAUCGAUCCCCUAUUCACAUUGUUGCUGAUUAAAGUCUACCGCGACAAGCUCAAACUGAUGACGAUUGUUCAUGUCAACAAAGUCUCAGUUAUAACAUCGCAAUGA